AUGCCCACUGCAUCGCUAGGAGCCGCUGCCUCGUCUCGCAAGGGGUCCGGCAACGGCAGGCCCACCGCCCGAUCCAACGCCGCCCCUCUCCUGCCCUCCACUCGGCGCCCCGGUCCGACACGGCCGUCACCAGCGCAGAACAGAGGCGGUGCCCGAGGGGUCUCCCCCACAGAGCUACUGCUGCCGGUCCGCCGGGACUCCUCUAUCGGGGCCACCAGCACGAACCCGAGACUGCGGCGCGGCAGCGUGAUUGAGGAGGCCGCGGCGCACCGCAGCUCCUCAUCCCCCCACCCGAACACCAACUUUCUCUCCCCCGAGAGCAAAGUGGCCCUGCAAACGCUGCAGCUGCUAUUCACGCCGGUGGUACUGCGCGUUGUCUUGCGGCGUCGCCGCCGGGUCCACUGGAAGCAUGGCGAACCGCCGCGGCAUUACACGUCGAGCUCCGUCGUGUCUGCCAUCGCCAGCUCCAAGACGAUGCUGGCGGAGUGGCCCCUGCGUGUGCUGGAGCAGCUGGCCGACGCGGCCACCUUUCACUGCUUAGGACCCAAGGAAUUUAUUGUGUACGCACACGAGUCGCACGUCUCGUGUGGGGUGGUAGUGUUGCUUUACGGGCAUUUAGAGGAGCGCAGACCCGAGACCUCGGCGAAGCAGAAAGGCACCGCGGGUAGUGUCCCCAGCAGCACCAGCUCCCGAUCGAUCCGCACGCAGACGCACCGUAUGCACAAGGCGACGGAUGUGCUGUGCGUGAUGCCAGUGUUGUGCGAGGAUCGCGCCACCUCCUCCUUCGCCACUCGAGAACGGGAGGAAGCGGAUGUGGCGGUGAUCUCCUCUCGCUGGUUCUGGGAAGUGUACUACGGCGUUCUCCAGUCGUCGCUGCCCUCUUCUGAUGUGCUGACUCGGUACAUGAACGACGUCGUGGCGCCGCGGCGGCGGGACAUCGUUUUGGCGGACUACUUUCCCACCUCGGUGGUGCUUCUGCGGUCGUGGAUGUGGCCGUUGCUGACGGCGAGCGACCGGGUCAAGCUGUGUCGCGCGAUGGAGGUGCGUGUUUUGGGCGUGGGCGAGGUGCUCUUCGAUGAAGGCGACUACUGUCCUUACAUUUACAUUGUACGUCGCGGCGCGCUCACCGUGGUGGUGAAAGGGGAGGCACUGGCAGUGCUGGAGGCCGGCGCGUGCCUCGGCGAGGAAAGCGUCCUGUUCCACGAGAAGCGCAACAGCAGCGUGAUCGGCUCCACCGUGUGCGAGCUGUAUGCGCUGCACGUACGCCACCUCGAGCACCGCUUGACGAAGUACCCCGAGGUCGGCCAGCGUGUCAUUGCCGCUGCCGUUGAGCGGCAGAAGCAGUGGAUGGAGGAGGGCAAGACGCGCGACGUCUUUGGCUUGAUUUCCAUCCUGAGCGGUGUCCCCUGCCUCGGACACUCAACGGACGCCAUGCGUGGGGAGAUCGCCCGAUGUGCAACGGUGGUGACCGUCCCGCAAGGACACGUCCUGGCCACCGCCAAUACGCCGUGCACCUCCCUUUUUGUUAUUGGGCGUGGCAGCUUGGUGCUGUCUAGCGUCGUCAAGCCGGUCACCCCGGCCGCAUCGACGGCAACCGACGGCGCCAGGCCGGGCAGCUCUGCAGGGCUCAAUAGUUCGUUACCGCCGAAAGGACGACCGCCCUCGUCCGCGAAAAACAACAACCCGCGUGCGGCUGCUGCCGGUGCGUUGGCGCUGAACCUGCAAGAUCUUUUGGCUCCGCCGGAGAUGCGUCGAGAGGUGCGCAGCGCUGGCGACUUCCUCGGUGAGUUGUGCUUGAAGCCCCACCUCUGGCCGUUUGAUGUCGUCUGCGACUCAACCGUAGACGUCUGGCAGCUCGACCGGGAGGCUAUUUUAGGCGUUCUCGAGCAAAACAACGCCGAUGCGCAGGCGAUUGAGGUGUGCCGGCAGGGCAUCAGUCUCUACCGAGGACAGCGGGGGGAGGCGAGUCUCAUCGAGGGUUUCGAGCCCCCGUCGUCACCCCCGAACGCGAACGGGCAGCGGUCCUCCUCGGCGGGUCGGCGUGGCAGCCGCGCACCGUCCUCGCAGGCGGCUUCACGUCGGCACUCGAACAGCCCGGUGGCACCGCCGGCACCACGGCUGUCCAACUCCGUCUCGCAGCUCGCCAAGCUCGACGACUCCGGUGUGCUACCCCCAGCGGCGUUGACGGAGGCAAGUGGGAAGGGCCGCUGUCUUCGCAGCUCCACCACACUUGCCCCGUGGUCGCCUGCGCAGUGGACCGAGUACGCGCUGACGCGUCUGCAGGAGGGGCUGGCGCAGGAAACCAUCAGUGGUGGGAGUGUGGCUGCCCCCGCUGUUCCGCCUGCCCCGUAUCGAGAGCUGCGCACCGUCGACAAGGAAGUGGAGAAGGCCAUGAAGGAAAAAGUGCUGCGGCUGAUUGCGGUCCAGCCGGAGACGCUGCCCAACUCGGCCGACUGCGACAUCAGCGGCGACGGCGAUGAGUUGCAGGCGAUCAUCGUCGAGCAGCUUUUUUUGACUCCGACGGAGCAGCAGCCGCGGUUCAUUCGCCAAGUCAACGACAGCAACGUGCGCCUCGUGACGGAGAACGACGAGCCGUCGAUGCUGGUGCCGGCGGACUUGCCGUUGGAAGACGACGAACUCCGCGAUCCGUGGCAGUCCGGCGAGUCGCCCAUCUCGGUGGGCGGGGUGAUGCGGCUGGAGGAUGUCAACGCAGCCGCGGAAGAAAGCCAGCAGAUGCACACGCUGGCCUCCUACGCCUUUCAAGGUGCCGGGGACGCAACGGACUCCGGCCCUGUCGCACGGUCAUUGGUGGAGAACAUGGAGUUCGGCGGGCAGGUCUCCCAGGUGCCCGUGAUCGGCCGCUCCCGUCGCUCGACGAGCGUGGCCGCACUGGAAGACAGCAGCACUGGCUUUAUGACCUCUUUUCCCGCGUCUCGCAGCUCGAUCAGCCGCAGCCUCUUCGUGCGUCCGCCGUCGGGGCUGCCGAUAUCGCCACGCAGCAACGUCCGCGGUGAGCUCAUCUCUCCCCGCGGCAUGAGUGCGCUGCGGCCAGGCAGUUCCAGUGAGCCGCGCCUUCCACUCCUCACGCGGACCCGCCCGACAAGUGUGGAUUACAACCAGCUGAACAAGGUCGGCGUGGACCACUCUACCUCUGUGCUGGACCGCUACGUGAAGAUCGAGGACCAAGGUUACUUCGACAGCUAUGUCAAGGUCCUGCCACUCCCGCAGGACGAGAUAUGGGUGUCCGACGAAGUCGUGGUCGACGACGAGGAGAUGAGCACGGGGUCCUUGGUGCUGCUGCUGCUGCACGUGCGCUGCUGUGACUACCUGGCGCCGGAGGUAAUGCAGCGGUGCCUGCGGCCGAUGGUGAAGGUGACGCUCGGGCAACGAGUGCUAGUCCGCACCUCCGUCAUGGACAACAUGGUGUCCCCGCACUGGCCGAUUGAGAAGUCGUCGUUCAUCACCUUUGUGCGGCGCGGCGCCGACAUCGUCUUCACCGUGUGCGACGCAGACGAUGAGGCCAACGUGGUCUACCGCUGUGCGCUGCAGACGGCGAAGAUUCACGGCGACGGCGGGGUGGGGCAGCAGGUCAUGACGCUCACGGAGGUGACCUUCACGGGCGAGGACGCGGAGGUGGAGGGCAGCGACACCUCCUCCUCGGUGCAGAGGGAGUCACGAAAAAUGCCGCGGCUGGCCACCACGAUGCUCGCCGUCACCGCGUCCAAGUACAAGGCGCUGCAGCAGGCGCUGAAGCCCCAUGAUGACAAGCCGCAGCACGGCGCUGCCAACGCGUCCACCACGACCGACGCGACGGCGCCGUCCACCACCACAACGCUUUUUUUGCAGGUGAUGUCUGUGGAAUACCUGAAGCACCGCAUCGAGGCCUCCGUCACGGUGUCGUCGUACAACGGCGGCACCUUGCGGCGACUUCUCGAGACGAAUCAGGUGCAACCCAAGACCCGCAGCCCGGCGUGGCCAGCAGAUAAAGCGUUUGCGAAGGUGUGCGGCGAGGGCGGGGUGCUGGUCUUCGACCUGUUGCACAGGGGCACUGUGAUCAGUACCGCCGAGACAACGGUGGAUGAGCUCGCGUUUGGCGGGGUGGGGCUGCGACGGCUGCCACUGCUGCAGGCGCAGACGGGCAACGCCGUGAUGGGCCAGCUUGUGGUCGGCGUGUUGGGUGCGAACACUGCGGACGGCAGGGAGAGCCACAGCCGGGACUGGGUGGCGCACGUCGCUGUAGAGGCGCUGCACCUGUCGCAGGAGAACUUCGCCAUCACGCCAGACCCGUUUGUUGUGUUGCGCGACGGUGCCGGGGCGGAACGGCUGCGGACCCCGCUGGCAUGUGGCGUCUUCGAUGCCGCGUGGUCCGCGACGGAGGCUAGUUGCCUCCUGCAUUGCCCCCGCCUCAGUGGAAGCACCGCAACGUACCAUCUGGAGGUGUGCGACAGCGACGCCCAGGCGGUGGUGGGGCGCGCCACAAUCACUGUGACGGAGCGCGGACUCGCUGGCGGGGCGCAGCGCGAGAUAGCGUUGGUACCUCCGGGCAUCGGCUCGGUGCGGGUGUGUAGCCUGUGCCUGCCCGUGCUGGAGCUACCGGAAAAGAAGCAGCGCGCCUCUCUCGGUGGUGGUGCGGAUGACGUUGGCCAUCCCGCGGCGUCGCCGCGUGCGUUGCCGCCCGACGCCGCGGUGCUACUCGUGCACGUGAGCGGCUGCGACGAUCUGCCAGAUGGGGCGAUGGAGCAGUUCCAAACCGACGCGAUUGGCACCCUGGCGAUUGAUGGCAGGCGCUUUCUUCGUACGCCGAUCCGUGAGGGCACGACGCAGCCGCGGUGGCCCUUCUCGAAGGCGAGUGUCAUGCUGCACGUCCCGUCGCUCGACCUCAAGUCGCUGCAGGGCGGCCGUCACGCGUGCCGCUUCGCGGUCUACGAUGGCGUGGUGGACGAGGUGAAUCAGAUUGGUCAGGUGGCGGUGCCGCUGAAGCAGCUGCUCGGCAGCGCCUCUCACACGUAUCCUCUUUUUCCGAAAGCGAAGGGAAAACACGACCGGAAAGACGGAGAGUUUGGCCCACCCUCGCUACCGCUGCACACCGCCGCUGACGCCCCUCGCGGGCGAGCCUGCGAAAGGACUGUGGGCAAAGUGCACCUCUUCACCUUGUUUGGUCGCCUGGGCCAGCAGGUGGAACCGGCUGGUGCGGAGGAAACGGAGUUGCGCGCAGACGCGCAAGACCUCUCAGCAAGCUUUACGCCCUCCCUGUCGGUCCCCUACUAUAACCCCGACGCAGCAUCCUCGUUGCUUCCCUCCAACGGCUCCGCUACUUCUCAGGCGACGCUUGCGGGAACGGUGCUGCUCGGCGUCAGCAACGUAUGCCACGUGCUGCCCAACGCCUCUGCAAAGUACAUCCAUCUGGUAGUCCGUCAAGGCCCGACUCCGGUGCUCUCGGUGGAGUGUGCGAUGGGCACCUCGAGUCACGCGGAGUGGAGCUCGGCGGAGUCGUCCGCCGCGCUGUCCCGAGCUGCCCUGGCAGAAGACACCAUGCUCUCCGUGGAACUGAGCGCGAUGGACGUUGUGGAGGGCAGCGGAGAACAAGCAGAGCUGGAGAAGUCGACUGCCGCGGUCGCGCAUCCGGCUACCAACGUCACACAAGAGAAGCGGCAGCAGACGUGCAUCCCUGCGGAACGCAUUCUGAUUGGUAAAGCUGAACUGCCUACCGCGAAGAUCAUCUCAGUAGGUUUGGGCGAGGUGGACGUGAUAACGCUGCAGCUAGAAGGCGCACCAUCGAGCCAGCCGCCAUCAAGCGCCAUCCCGAGCACGUCGGCGGAGGGAAAGACGACCGUCUCUUUCUGCAUCAUUGGCAAUCGUUCUUAA